GGACAGACUCUUCUCUCCUGUGAGGAGAUGGACUUGCAGAGAACGGAGUCUAUCAAAGCCUGAAGCCUCCAAGUGUUGUUAGGAAGCAAUAGAAGGAAGCACCAAGCUUUCGGGUCCUUUCCCGUGCCAGCGACAAGCAGCCCCCAAUGGCUUCCCAGGAAUUCGAUCAUACAGGACUGGGGACCUCAGCACGUGGUACCUCGCCAGGCAGUCACAGAGAGGAGACUGAUGGUUCUGGUUAUCAUCUCCUGGAUGGAUCACAGGAUGUUCAGAGAGGAGUACUGCAAGCCCUCGGGGCUAUCCAGAUCCUGAAUGCAAUACUGAUUCUGGCUCUGGGUGUUUUAUUGAGUUGUUUACAGCAUUUGUCUCAUCAUUUCCAGCAUUUCUUCUUCUUCACCUUCUACACAGGCUAUCCACUCUGGGGUGCUGUGUUUUUUAUCUGCUCAGGAUCCUUGACGGUUGCCGCAGGGAGAAAGCCUACAAGGAUGCUGAUGCAAAACAGUUUUGGGAUGAACAUUGCCAGUGCGACCAUUGCAUUUGUUGGAACUGCUUUCCUCUCUGUACACCUGGCACUCAAUUCCCAGGCACUCAAGGGCUGCCAGUCUUCACCGUCACCUGACUUAUGCAUUUACCUGGGUUCCUCAUCAGAUGGCCUGGUGUCUCUGAUGCUGAUCCUUACCCUGCUGGAGCUGGCUGUGACCAUUUCCAUUGCAGUCAUGUGGUGCCUAGGAAAUGUCUGUGGUUUAAGAGAGGCAGUUUCUUCACCUCCUAAUUCUGCGGAAUCGGGAAUAGCUCCUGAUGGAAGUGAUUCGGAGAACCUGAGCACUCAGCCUUAAAUCACCAAAGACUGAGAGCUUCACUUGAGAACCCAGGAGAGAAUGAGCAGACGAAAUGCAAUCUUUCUGUCAUGGCACGAUCCAUGAGAAAGCUGGGCACCUGUCCCAAUCCUGUCUGCCAUCUCUGUAAAUUCACUAUGGCAUGUUCUAGAUCUUUAUGAAUAAAUGUAUUUCCUUAGACAUUC